UUAUAAAUGGGGAGCCGUCCUACCCUUAUCAAGAUAUCUAUAGAUCCAAACAAAGCCUUUUCUUCAUUCGCAUCUCAAGAUAUAUCACACCAUGAAGCAAAAGUUGGUAAUUAGGGUGUCCAUGAACGGCCCAAGGUGUCCGCUCUUAAGAUACUUCAGCUGUUUCUGUUACUGCAGCCAUAACAACCGGCCUAAGGCACUCCAGAUCGCAGCUGGCUUCUCAGGCGUCGAAAAGGUAGGUUUGAUGGAGAGCGACUCGGACAAGAUUGAGGUAGCCGGUGUGGGGAUUGAUGCUGCGAAAUUGAUAAGGAUGCUUCGGAAGAAGGUUGGCUUUGCAACACUGGAUAGUGUGACCAUAGACCAGAAGAAGAAGGACGACGACAAGAAGCCAUUACCAGAAUGCCUGCCUCCCGUUUGGAGUUCCUACCCCUGCGGCUAUCCGCAGAUCGUCAUUGCAUGAUCUGAGGUGCUAAUGGUGAUUUGAACCCACAGACCAUUUAUGUGCGGAAGAACAAGAACUGGAAAUCGGUAAUCCGAUAAUGAGAAAACAUAGAAGAGAAGUUCGAUACUACUUGAUUAUUGGGUCUGAUAUAUAUUAAUUAACUUGGCGUUCGCGUUGUGAAUUUGAUUGAUAUGUAUUUGAACUUACCCAAAAAAAGAAGAUGGAUAUGUAUUUGCUUCCUUUCGCAUCGGGUUGAAUAUAAAAAUUAGGGAGAAAUUGUUGAAACCGAUAUAAUUAUGAAUCAUCUCCGAGAGAAUAAAAUUUAAAACUAAUCAAAUUUCUAUAGGAAAAAAAAGUAAUUAUUUAUACCAGUACA